AUGAUGUUACCCUCAAACAUUCCACUCCAAAAUUCUGAAACAAAAAUAAAUCAUUAUCAAAAAUUAUUUAAUGAAGGGCAAAAAUUACAAAAUUACAAACACCAUAAAAGAGAUUUUAAAUUAUCGGCAAAAGAACCAAAAUAUCUUUAUAAUCAUCAUGAUCAAGCAAGAUUGAAAUUAGGAUUACAAGAUAAUUAUAAUAAACAUCAACCAUUUUAUUUUACUUCAAAUUCAAUUAAUUUUAAUAAUUCAAUUAUAUCAAGAACUUUUUAUUUGCUAAUGACAUUUAUUGCGUUAUUAAUUGUAAUAACUGCUUUAUCAUUUGGUAUGAGAGAAUAUCAAUUAUCUUUUAAACGUAAAAUUAAAUCACGUCAAAGUUAUUAUGAAGUUGCAACAACUGAAAAUUUAAAAUUAGAUUCUUCUUGGAAAUCACCAAAAAAAAUUGGUGAAAAUCAAUUAAGAAAAGAAGAUGAAGUUCAAAGUUUAAAAAAUGUAAUUCAAGCUUGUGGAGAAGCUGAAAAUUUAAAAUCUGGUACUGGAUUAACAAAAUUUUUAGAUAUUGGAGGUAUUAAUGGUGGUUUGCAACCAAUUCAAAAUAAAUUAAAUAAUAAAUUUAAAUCAAAUAAUUGGAAUUUUCAAAAAUAUAAAUUAACUAGUAAUGCAAUGAGUUUAAAUGGUGGAUCAAGUUCUAAUCAACAACAACAAUCACAACAACAACAAGAAACUGAAAAAUCAAAUAAAAUAAGUGGAUUUAGUGAAAAAUCAAUUACAAAAUAUAGAAAAAAUUUUAAUAACCCAACCAUUAUUAGUAAAGAUCAUUACUAUAAUAAUAAAUUUACUAUUGAAGAAUUAAUGAAAUCAAAUCAACCUCAAUUGAAUUCAAUUGAUUUUCAAAAUUUAAUAACUUUAGGUAUGCAAAAGAUUCAAGUAUCUCAAUUAUUAAAUUGUUCAAUUAUAAUUCCAAAAUUAAGAUUUUCAAAUGCAUGGCAAGCAUGUAAUAAAAUUGAAGAAAUUAGAAUUACAUUAUUUGAAUCAAAUGAUAAAUUUACGAAAAUUUUUGGUUUAUUACAAUUAUCUUCAAUUGGUAAACAUGAUUUAGUAUUUGAUAAUCCCAACAUAUUUUUAACUAGUUUCAAUGAAUUUAUUGAAGAAUUAAUUGAUUCAUGUAUUAUAUUUGAAUUAUUUACAUUAUGUAAUAAUUGGUUACAAUUACUUAUAAUUGAAUUUUUUUUAAUGUAUUGUUGGUCUCAUGCGAAAUAUCAGGAUUCAGAUUCAAAAUGUAAAAUCAUAAAACAACAAUUUAUAAAAUGGAAUUUAUCAAAACCAACUAUUCAAAAUAAAUUUUUAAUUUUUAGAAUUUUAUGUAAUUUAUAUUUGGGUAUAAAAUCAUUAACUACUAUCAAAUUUCUUAAAGAAAAUGAGAUUAAAUUAUGUAUAGUUUUAAAAGAUUUCAUAAAACAUAGUUUGUGUAAUGAUUAUAUUCAUUAUUUACCAAUGUUAAUUAAAGCAAUAGAUGUUUCAAAUAAUCAAGAAAAAUUAAAAAUAUUUUUUUAUGAAAUGAUUAAAAUAUUAAUUUUGAAACAUAAAAAAUGUUGUAUGAAUGAAUACCUUAAUAAUUUAAAUAAUUUUGAAUUUGAAAAAAUUAUUCAAUAUGAUUUACAACAACAUUUACCAUCAAGUUUAAUAUAUAAAAAGGCUAAUGAGAUUUAUAAAAUUUUAAUUGACAAUAGUGAAUUUAAUCUUGAUGAUAAUAAUAAAAAGGAUAAAACUAAUAUUAAUAUUAAAAAUAGAAUGAAUUCAAAAAUUUCAUCACAAUCUUGGAAUUUAACUUCCUCAAAUGAUGAAUAUGCAAGUGUUGAAAACCAAGUACUUUCUGAUGCAAUACCAUUAUCAACAGAAUAUGCUGAGAAAUUUUUUACACCAUAUAAAAAAUUAAAUUCUACUCCAUCUCAAUCAAAAGAUGAAUUAUUAAAAGAAAAAAUUAGUAAUAAUAAUACUUUGGAUUUAAUAAAAGAAGAAGUAAUUGAAAGUAAUGAAAAUGAAGAAGAUGAAGAAAGAGAAGAAGAAGAAAUUGAUCAAUUUGAAGAUACAAAAUCAAAUGAAAUUAAUGAAUUAAAUGAAUAUAAUUCAUGGCAAAUUGGAUAUUUAUCAAAUGGUCAAUAG